AUGUCUCUACAUAAUGAAAAUUCUAAAAAACUUCGUAUUUUUUUAAACUUAUUUAGUACGAGGGUUAAUCUCCUGGAUAUAAAUACAAGGAACGAAAUCAUAAAUCAAAAAAGAUACAUCUAUUUUUUGUUAUUAAAUAAAAAAGAAGAAAAGGCACAUAUAUGCAUAUGUUCCAUGCUAAGGAAUGAAAAUAUCCAUAAGGUUUUGAAAAUACUAUUAUCUUUAUGUAAAGAUUCAAAUUUGUUUUUAUUUUUCAAAAAUGAAAAAAAUAAAAAAGACAACGAAACUAUGAGAUGUAUUAGAAAUAUUCUUUAUUGUUCUAAUAAAUUAAUGAUAAACAAUAGAGCAUACGUAAGGAAUAAUUUUAUUCAUAUUUUUGGAAAGAAAUAUAUAGAUCUUAUCGAAACCAACUAUCAUUUAAUUGAUGAUAAUAUAAAUCAACUUUUGAAUAAAUAUACCUUUUCAUCUUCUGAAAUCGGACAAGCACAAAAUAAUAUCAUAAUACAAAUGAAUAAAAAAGGAGAAAAUAUUAAUAAUAAUAUGAUGACCAUCAUAGAUCCAACAAAUAUAAAAACAUGUAUUUGUAAUUUUUGUAAAUAUGCGAAAAGAGAAAAAUAUAAUGAUUUUUAUAACAAUGAAAAUAUAUUUUUUUCUGAUCACAAUCGAUCUCUAAAUUUAAAUAAAAAUCAUAUAAAACAAAUAGUUGAACUCUACAAAAAUAAAUCUGAAAAGGUAUAUGAUGAAGAACAAAUUAUAAUUUUACAAAAAAUGGAAAAACAAAUUAUUAGCACAUUGAAUGAAAAACUUUUAAAUAAAUAA